UGUUGAUAUCAACAUGGCGCUUGUCAGGCAGACAAAGACAGUCAGUCUGGUGUGAUUGAGCCAAGGGAGGGAAAAAAACCCACCCAGAGCGAGUAGGAGGAGGGAGCGGCAGGAGCAGAGCGGGGCUGGGGGGCUCGGCGCAUCUCGUGUCUUCCCCCUUCCCCCCCCUUAUUGUUCUCGUCCCGCUGCGCCCGCGUUCGGCUCCCCCCGCGCUGGGGCGGCGGCGGGCGGGGGGACCCGGCGGCGCGAGGAGAGGCGGGGGCGCCGCCGGCACCCGGAGGACGGAUGUGUUCAUUUAUAUAUUCUCCAGUCCUGUGGUGGGCAUCCAGUUCCCAAGCUUGGAUAAUUUUGCUGAGUAACUUGCAUCACAAUUUUCAGUUCUCAGAUGGGAAGAGAAAAUUUCCAAGAUAAUAUAUGACCAACUCAAAGGAAAAUGAAUGGUGAAUAACACUGAAGACCCCCAAGAGGCUUUAUAACGUCCCAUCUCCAUGUAAAGUAUGCUCAGAACUUUUCCAGUAGUUCUGCUGGAAACCAUGUCUCACUACACAGACGAACCAAGAUUUACCAUAGAGCAGAUAGACCUGCUUCAGCGCCUGAGACGUACAGGAAUGACCAGACAUGAAAUCCUCCAUGCACUGGAAACCUUGGAUCGCCUUGAUCAAGAGCAUAGUGAUAAAUUUGGAAGAAGGUCUAGCUACGGAGGUGGUUCCUAUAGCAACAGUACCAACAACGUCCCAGCAUCUUCCUCUACAGCAACAGCUUCAACACAGACCCAGCAUUCUGGGAUGUCCCCAUCACCAAGCAACAGUUACGACACCUCCCCACAGCCUUGCACUACUAAUCAGAACGGGAGGGAGAGUAACGAGAGGUUGUCUGCAUUCAACGGGAAGAUGUCACCUACCCGCUACCCACUUGCAAACAGCUUGGCUCAAAGGUCAUACAGUUUUGAAGCUUCUGAAGAGGAUUUGGACAUUGAUGACAAAGUGGAGGAACUGAUGAGGAGGGACAGCAGUGUGAUAAAGGAGGAAAUCAAAGCCUUCCUAGCCAAUCGGAGAAUUUCCCAAGCAGUUGUUGCACAGGUAACAGGUAUCAGUCAGAGCCGGAUCUCCCAUUGGCUGUUGCAGCAGGGGUCGGACCUAAGCGAACAAAAGAAAAGGGCAUUUUACAGAUGGUACCAGCUUGAGAAGACAAAUCCUGGGGCUACAUUAAGUAUGAGACCCGCUCCUAUCCCAGUAGAAGAGCCAGAAUGGAGACAGACGCCUCCCCCAGUCACAGCUACCUCGGGGACCUUCAGACUACGGCGAGGCAGUCGGUUCACGUGGAGAAAGGAAUGCCUGGCUGUUAUGGAAAGUUACUUCAAUGAGAAUCAAUAUCCAGACGAGGCAAAGAGAGAAGAGAUUGCAAACGCCUGUAAUGCAGUUAUACAAAAGCCAGGAAAAAAGUUAUCGGAUUUGGAGCGAGUUACAUCCCUUAAAGUGUACAACUGGUUUGCCAACAGAAGGAAGGAAAUCAAGAGAAGAGCCAAUAUCGAAGCAGCAAUCCUGGAGAGCCAUGGAAUAGACGUACAGAGUCCGGGAGGUCAUUCCAAUAGUGACGACGUCGAUGGCAAUGACUACUCAGAGCAGGACACUUGGCAAGUACGCAAUGGGGAGGAGGAGGGAAGAUGUUCAGAGGGAGGCAGAGAAGCAGAGAAGGUAGAAGAAGACAGGAGGAUCUGCUCCAAACAAGCAAGUUACACCAUUCACGCCACACGCAAUGAUGACAGCACUAGCCAUAGUGACCAUCAAGACCCCAUUUCAUUAGCUGUGGAAAUGGCAGCGGUAAACCACACCAUCUUGGCAUUGGCCCGGCAAGGAGCCAACGAGAUCAAGACAGAGGCUCUAGACGACGACUGAUACAAAGAAAGGGGAGGGUCAAAGCAAGAAGUAACUUAGUUUUAGACGUAGCACCUUAGCAGACUUUCCUCGGUCCUUAAUAUGUGUUCUUACAGUAUAACUUUGCAGUUUCUUGUACGUCAGUUAGCUGUUAAGGUCUUGUUCUGUGAAGAUGGCAUGGUGCCCUCAGCCUUUGCAUAUACUCUCUCAGUAUUAAUUCCCAAUAAAUAAUCGAUCAACCAACCAACCUCCCUCUCCCAGCCCCAGUGGCUAAAAAAAUCUUGCUGCUCUGUCUUAGCAUUCGAAGUGCUUCCAGGUAUUUUAGACAGCCCUCAAUUACAAGUCUUAGGCUACACUUAAAAUCUUGGAUACCCUUAGAGAGCCUGUUUAAAACAAAAUAGUCUGUAAGCUUUUCCUUCUCUGAGACUGAAAGGAUGCAAGCUGAGGUAGUGGCACAGGGUCGAUGGAUACCAGAUCGAGAGUAUCUACAGAGAGUAAAAAGAACACUAGAAACCCCACUUCAGCAUGGGAAUAAAUGAUUUCCAGCUGCAAUAAGCUGUGCCUCACUGGUCAUACAGUGACUUGAUAUACUUUUGAGUGCUGUGCUGAGAAUGUCCAUUGGAAACACAUUCACAUAUUUCAGUUGGUGUUCACAUAUUCAACACAGACAUCCUCUGCUCUCACAAGCUGCAUGGCUUAGUGGAUAAGUUCUGCCUUCUGCCUCUGGGACCAUGAUUGAAACCCAGCCUGGGAUCAUAUGAAAAAUUAGCUGAAUGUCUAACGGACAACAGUCCACUUCUCAAAACCACUAUUCUGAUUUGGCAUGGCUAGCAGUGCCUGCUCAGAAGAGGUCUAGACUCUGUUGAUUGGUCAUUAACAAUUCCACCUUUUAUUCUUCCUCUCGCCUUUUCUGUCCCUACCCUACUCCUUUCUCCACUUUGCCACUUUCAAAAGCAACGUUUUGCAGGAAGGCAUUAAGGUCAUAAAAUGGGUGAGUGGAUUCUUACGCAUCUGUGUAACUAAUGCCUACAUCCUGACUAGUGUGAAAGGUUAUUGGAGAACAUUUGCAUCUGACCUUUGCUAGGUAAACAUCAUAGCAUAAAUAUUCUCCUAAAUAGGAACUAUUUUUGUUUGUUUAAAGGCAGGAGGAUCUCUUACCUGAGAAAUGGGGUGUGAAUGUUUUGUGUUCUCUUUACUCUGUCCUUGUUAAGAUGUGAGAAAGCUAUACUGCUACGAGCAAUUUAAUUAAUAAUUGGAAGCCAUACUGAUAAUGGAUGUGGUAAUAUUUGUAAAGCAAACCUACUUUAAGUAGCAGAAACUAAUGGAAUUGUUUUCCUUGAUCAUAUGUAGCACUUUUAUUACUUUUUUCUUAAAGAUAUUUAUAUUUGAUAAGUCUUUUUUUUAAUCAUUUGAGAAUUCAAAAUACCAAACAGCAAACUUGCAUUACAGAGUCACCCUGCGAUCACCUUGUCAUCUAGUAUCUAAAUGAUGAACUGUGUGUGCAUCUAAGAAAAUUACAUCUGCUGGCAUUGUGUGGAAAUGAUCUCCUGGCAUCCUGAUAAAAUGAUAUGUUGCUGCCGGUAAGAGGAAACAUUUCGAUGGAAACAGCACGGGAAGUGUUAGAGACGGGCAGGGCUGUGUUACAUUAAAAAUAAGAAUUAAAAACCUAUGUAAACUUUUUUUAUAUAGAUAUAUAAAAAUUUGCAUUGUGUUUCCAUGACAUUCCAUUUUUAUCUUUCCAGUUUAUGUGGGAAUAACUUAAAAAGUGGAAAACAGCUUAAGCUGAAGGGUGGAUUUCCCUUUUCUCCCCUCCACUUCUAAAGGUGGAGGGAACAAAGGGAAGUUGCUGUUACUUGGCUUGUUCUCAUCCCUUCCUCAUGCUUAACUAUCAGAUAGGAUUGUGAACUUCUAAACUGUGGCUCCUCAGCAGGAUUUUAGCCAGCCUAAACCCCUGCAAGGCUUGGGCUAACGAGAUCAUCUUUACGUCUGUUAAUCUUGUGAAAAUUGCUUAGGUAAGUGUGGAGGAGAUUUUGUGCUUUCAGAGGGCACAGAGCUGGCACCUCUUUGUCUCUGUAACGCUGAAGAUAUAUAGGUAGGGCUUGGCCUCGUCUUUCAUUUAUGGAUUUCAUUGGAAAAUUUAUGUGCUUUCCUUAGAUAUAGAUCACUGAAGCAGAAUGAAGCCGUCUUUUUUUUCUGUUUUAUUGCAUUUCUUGUGUAGGCAAAUUCAUAAGUAGCAUCAGGGCAGACUCAGGAAAGAAAGGAAUUGGAUCAGCAACCAUUGCACCACUGCAGUUUCUUUCUUUAUGUCUGUGUGAAUGUUUUGGUACUAAGGAGUGAAAGGACGGGUAGAGCUUUUAUUUCUAUUUUUGCACAGCAGAAUGAUCGAGCAAACUAUAGCCUUAGUGGAAUUUUACCUACUUAUUCAUACUACAGUCACACACCAAGCUGACAAGCAACAUCCACGAUUUAUAGUAAGGAGAUUUUAAUAAUCGAUGGCCUCUUACGUUGGGAUUGCCACCACCAUUUGUUCUGGCUGUUUCAUUUAAAAAAGAACAGACUCAAACUGUUGGACAGCUGCAAUUUUAAAAGAAAUAUUCCUUUCUAUGCCAUCUUAAAAAAAAGUCAUUGUUUCAAGCAUCGCCUUUUUAAAGCAUUAGGGAAGAAUUAAAAAAGAACUAGAACUUCUCUAUCCUGCUUACAGGUUCGUGUGGUGCAGGAUCAAGGUAACACCACUAAAACUGCAUCUCUGUACCAUCUGGCAUAGGGUAGUCUGGUCUUACUCCUGUUUGUCACAAUCAGGUAGCUGCCUCAAUAUCCAGUCUGAAGGUUAAAUAGUCAAACCCCUUGUGAACAGCUGGAGAUUGGCAGAUGCUUCUUGUCUGUAGCUUCCUGGUAAAAAUAUCUUCUCACCAGCGAAAAUAACAAAUGACUUAACUGGGGAACCAGACGCUUACUUCCAUGUUGUUAGUCUUUGGGUUGCCCCUGCCUAUUUGGGCUUUUCUUUGACUAUCAAGAGGUAUGAGGAAAGAGUAAGACUUCAGCUGUUACCAGGAUGCUCAUAGCACUCCAUUCCCUUUAUUCUGAAAGUUCAUAAUGAACAAUUUGCAGAUGGCUAAUAACAUUUUGGUUUGACAUGAAUGAGCUAAAAUGGAAUAGAUGCUGGUGUGAUGUGGUGUCAGGAGAAGCAUAAGUGAAAGUAUUGGUGGUGUGUCGUGGAAUUUAGCCUUUGUUCUGGCAGGAUUUUUCAAUAUGGGAGUCAUCUUUGCCUUUCUGUUUCUGGAUUUUCUUGUAAACUAAGCCUCGUUUUUGUAGCAUCGCAAUUUGGUUGCAAUUUGUUGUAGCCAAUCUGGAAUUACUGCAAUUUGUUCUUGUGUGGGUUCCCUUGAAGUAGAUCUGGUGGCACACUGGAUCUACCUUUUUGUUCUGUGAAUAGAGAAGAAAUUAUUUGGGAUGCUUCUCUUCUGUGAUGGGCACAGGUGGCUUUUAACUUUGUAGACUAAGUUCUGGCUGUUAUUUUGUUGCUCAUGGAGUCCUUAUACUUGAGUCAUCUCUUACCGUCUUCUUAAAACAACAAUUUCUACCUCCACUUCAGUUUUGGGUUGUUUUGGGGUUUAUUGUUUUGGUUUUAUUUUUUAAUUGCCCCACCUUUUUCCUGAAGGACAAGAUCCCAGGUGUUUUUAAAAGCAUUGUGAGUCAAUAAAACUAAGCAAUGACCAGAUUUAUCUGUUGAUUCCCUGACAUUAUAGAGACAACUUCUAAAUUCUCUAUAGACAUACUUAGUUUAAGCUCCUUGCUCAUAUGUUGGAUGGAAACAAGUUGAUUGUGAGUCAGCAGUGCACCCUUACCUCAAUUAAGGAAUCUCAUUAGGAUGAACCUUCAGAAGGUCAGGGAAAGCAAUUAGUCCCCUCUGUUCAUCAUCUGUGGGACCACGUCUGGAGCACUGUGUGCAGUGCUGGGUGGGAAUGAGGCCAUCGUAGGGCUGCUGAGAUGAGAGGAUUGGAGCACACGUCAUGUAGUGAGAGUGUGUGAGAGCUGGGUUUGUCCAGGCUGGCUCUGGGAGCAUCUUCUGUUUCAUUCUUCAUCUCUCUUAACAGGUGGGUUUACAGAAGAGAGAGACAGGCUCUUCUCAGAGCUGCCUAGCAAAAAAGGUGAAGGGCAGUGGGCUGAAAUUGCAUUAAAGAAAUUCCCAGAUGAACAUAAAGAGAAAUGUUUUCAUACUCCAGGUGGUAGAACAGUGGCCCAGGAAGGCAGUGGAAACCCUAUCCUGGGGGAUAUUCGAAACUCAACUCAAAAUGGUUGGAUCAGAGGCCUCCAGAGGUCUCUUCUGACCUAAAUUACUCUGUGAAUCUGUAUGAGCCUGCUUAGGUUUCCUAGUGGUGUUUGCUAGUUCUGAUCUAUACGUGUUGACUUCUAUAAAGAAAUGUUCAUAAUUUGUUGUUGGCUUUUUUUUUUUCCUGUUUUGCUAUUCAUAAGAAUUUAUCUUUCUGUUCUCCUAGUAGAGGGGAGCUUUAUUUGCAGGGUCUGUCUCCACGUUUCUAUCAAGCCAUAAGUAAUAAAUGUCAUUAAUUAUUUGCUCUGUUUACAUAGUUCUUCAGGGAUAUUUGAAUUAUUCUGUUUGUUUCAUUAGCUAACAUCAAACUGGUAAGUUCUCCAUGUUUUCAUAACAUUUGUGCUGCAGAUCAGUUUUUGCCUUCGUUUGUGAGGGUUUAUCUUUGUCUUGCUGCUGUGAGUGCAGACUUGAAAAAUUUCACAUAUUACAUGAAAAAUUGUGGCUAACUUAAGCCCACUGUUGACUGCUAUGCUAAGCUAGAAAUUUUUGGUUCAGUAAAUCCUUAACUGGUGAUUAUCAGAAGCUGAAAGGGUAUUGACUGGGAGAGAGUCACAUCAUACUCACUUGGAUCCUCCUUUUCUUUCCUUAAGUGUUCACUGUUGGCCACUGCUGGGAAAAAUACCUCGGCUUCACUAGGCAGACUUUGGGACUGAUUUGGAUGUUGUUUUGAAGAGAAAUAGCAAUGAUGUUUGCCAAUAAAGACUGGCAUGGGGUCAACUAGAAUCCCAAGUGUUAAUUUCUGCCUUCAGACUGUGUAAGAACAUGGAGAUGAGCUCACCAAUGUACUGAGUUCCCCUCUGUGCUGCAGAAUUUUUCUUUCACAAGGAGGUGCUGCUUGCAAAGAGAUGAAAGCAUCCUGCUGGCCUUCCCCAGAGUUGUGUCACUGGGAAAUGUGGUGGUUGUAACAGGGUGUCAUAAGGAAACAGUUGUUUAUUUUUUCAUAUAGAUAAACCCAGUAAAAUUAGUAUAACAGCCUUCAAAACUCAGAAUCGUUGUUCUUAAAGGACUUAACACAGGAUGUUGUUUCACUAUGCGUAAUCCUAACUCGGAUGCAAAGCUGGAUUCACACCUUUCUCUGCAAAUUGCUAAGAUUCAGGGUGAGAUCCUGCUCAUAGUACUGAGAUCUGUGGCUCUCCAAGAUCUUUUCUCCCAUUUAUCCGUGGAAUUCUGCUUAUUUUAGAUAAUAAUUUUCAAUCCAGAAGGUUUAUGUUUCUCCUCCCAGCCCAGCCACGUCACUGUGCAGACCUUAUUCCCCAGCAUCCUCAGCUUCUUCCAAGUUCAUUGGAUAAUUACCAGCAAAUUCUGGGGGUUUUGUCAAAAUGAACUAUACUUUUACUCUAGACAAGCCUUCCCACCCAAGUAGCUCUUGCACUUUUUGAAGUUAUUAAACUUGAUAAUAUUAUUUUCAUCAAAGUCUUCAGCUUGUAGGCAAUAAUCUUGAAUUUGGUGUAGCUUUUAUCGUCUGGCAGGAACCUUUGUUGGCAGGAUUGGUCUUGAAAACUGUGUUAUAUGUCAGUGACCUAAUGUGUUCAUUCUUAUUAGGCAGCUGAACAUCUUCUGUGCGUUUGUUAGUAGCAAUAGUCAGGGUUGUAUCAUGAUCCCAGCUAAUUUAUUGGAGUUUCAUGGAGUCAGGCAUUUUCACUGUGAUUUCUUGGAAGGGAAGGUUGGUGGCUUGACCAAAAAUGUACUUUGCAGUUCACAAGAAGAGUUGUAGAGACAUUUCAAAAUAAAACAUUCCCCCUUGGGUUUUUUUGUAGUUGGGAUGUUUACUCAGGAUAUUGAAUCAAUUAUUGGCCAACAGGCAAGCUGAGAAGCAUAGCCCUAAAACCUUCAUUUUAGCAUCUAUUACUGUUUUCUUAUCUAUGUUGUCUAUAUUGCACAUUAAUGAAAAAAAGAGGCGUUCUAGAGGUGGCAGCUAUACAUUUGAAUCUAAAAUACCCCCAAAAUUAUUUUUCUCCUGUGUGAGAACGGUGUGAGAACUAGAGAAGUGAACUCAGUCAUUUCGAGGACUGUCAAGAAGACAGCAUUUUGAUGUUGGGUUUUGUCCAACAAAUAUAAAUAAAACCCAAUCAAUGAAAGUAAACUCUGUGGCACCAGUGGAAGAGAGAUGUGGGGAAUAAAAUUUGAAGAGUUGUUCAUCACUAGCCUUGGCCUUAGUUUUUAUCCCUUAAAAGUAGCUUAGAAUUGUUUACUUGUGCCCAUUUUCACGUUGGUGUCCUUUGAACACAGGCAGUGCUGGAGCUAAGAUGGUAUCAACACAAUUCCAAUGAUCAGUACCAACUACUCUCUUUUUGUGUUAAGGUUCUUCUAUCACACUCCCUUUAUCAAAAUCCAUAUCGUAGUUUAGCUUGAGCUUGCUGAAAGAAGUAAACAAAUAUGUUUUGCUCUUUGAAGAUGUGUUCUGUGACGCCUGCAACGUGCUUAUCGGUGUAGUAUCCAGGCGCUUAUAUUGACAGCUUAUGUCGUGGAGAUAGAAAAGGAUUUGUUCUUGUGGAUGCAGGGGAAAAAUUCACAAAACAUGUUUCAAAUGCGCCUUUUAAUGGGGCUGAUGAAGAAAACUAACUAAUCGGUUUGAAUCCUGUGAUGUUGUGCUCUUUCCCAUUCUUUCCAGUAAGCUUUGGAGUGCUCUGGCCAACAGCUCAAGCACGAGUGAGCUAAACCCAUUGAACUGGAGUGAACUGCAUAAUGGGCCUUUGAUGUUUCUGUAUGUACAGUGCAUCUCUCACUCAGAUGGCUUGGCAGAAGCCUCGCUCUGCCAUUUAUUCUCUCUCUUCUCUCCACUGUUAAAUGGAAGCGGGUGUAUGCUGCUGAUCAAAACAUGCAGCACACUUCUGCUAAAUCCUUUCAGACUGCAGCCAGGGUAAUUGGGAUGGGUAGGAUAAAUGCAUAAGAGUGUGGCAGUAAAAGUGAUGGCAGUUCUUCUGAAUGACUGGGUGUCCUCCUGACAUGUAAUUAGCUGCUUUAGAAAGAUGCGGAUUGGCAUGGUCAUAAUUAAAAGGAUUUCUGUCUUUUCUGUGAUUGAAAACAGAAGAUCUUCCGCCCCCUAAUUCUCUUUAAUACCAGUGUUAUUCAUGACACUUGGAAAACAGCUACUUUGUAAACUUAAACGAUGACCUGUUCCUAAUGGUAACUUAGAAUGGCAGAGACUGAAACCCCAUUUAGUUUUCUAUGCAAAGCUGCUUCUCUUCCUUUUAUGUCCCCAACUCCGCCCCCAGUACAUAUUGCUUCUCCGUGAGGUUUAAGGCAAAGAGACAUUUAUUUAUGUGUGACAGCGUGAUUGCAGAUUACCCAGGGCUCUAGUUUCACUCUUCUUGGUUUGUUUUAGAAUUGCAGUCUUGAGGAAGAUCAGCCAUGAUCCAGGGCUCCUCUGAGUUACCCAUCCUGCGUUCUCACCUUGCCCACAGGAAGAGAUGGCACUGUUGUCCUCCCAUUUCUGAGGCAGGGCCACUCCAAGCUGUCCUUUGUAGUGUCUCAGUUUGGAAGCCUUAUCGUCAAUUGUUGCUGAAUAACUGUGGUGUUAGGAGCUAAGUCACCUUUUUCUUAAGAAAUUUCAAAGUAACCUGCAACUGGAUUGGUGGCUGGACAGUUUGCUUGCCAUUCACGAAAGGAGAGGAUGUAUGGUGUUUAGCUAAUAUAACAUCACAGUCUUUUCUCUGAUACAUUGCUAGAUUCUCAAAAAUGAUCUGUCAUAGUGUGUUAUGUGCCUUUUUAUUCUGUGGGUUUGUGAGAAAUGUUCUCUGUUUACCAGUCUUGUGCACUGCAGUGCCUGUUGUCCGUUGUUGCCCUUAAGCCUCUUGACUAUAGUUUUUCUCAGUGCUGUUCUCUUGCUUUAGUUACUUAUCGGAUGAGCUUCUGAAGCUUUUUGGUAUGCAUAGAGGUGUACAGAGACUUAGUCAAAUUUAAAAGUUAGCAGGUUCCUAACUCCAACAGAUCUGCAGAAGAAAUUAGGAAUUUCCUUAGGCUCUUCUAUCCUGCAGUUACUUUUCAGCUUCUUUAUGCUGAAACACUUGUGUAAAUCCCAUCCAACGUCACUGUGGUUCAGAACAGACCUGUGGGGCAUAGGUGCUUCAGUUCUUCCAGCACGGUCACCACUGGUGGUGCUACACUCACAGUAGCAAUGGUAGCAACUUCUUUUCUAGGACAUAUAUUUUUAGAUGUUAACUUGCUGCUGUCACUGGCCUCCAUGCAGCUUUCUAUCCUCCUAUUCCCACCCCUUCUCCUUAACUAAUUAAAGUCUUCCAUGUAAUGGCAAGAAGGCAUAUGUAGCUUAAAUAACCCACCUCUGUAAUUAAGAGGUUGACUUUAGCCUUCUGAGAUGUAUUUUGCAUAAUUUGAGAUUUAAAAAUACAUUUUACUUCCAAAGUUUAUCUGUCAAAUCACUCAAGGAGGGCAGAGAGAUAACAAAAGUAAAUUAUUAAUUGGUAUUUCUCGCCCAAUAUAUUCCAUUAUGAAUGUUAAGUAUAUAUUCCAUUCCCGAAAACACAUUUGAGUUUGGAUAUAUCUUUUUUUGAAAAGUCUGCCUGCUGAUAAAAUUGGUGCUAUCUCUCUUUGACAGGACUGUAGUGACAGUACUGAAAAUACCCGUCAGGAGCUAACCAGAGCCAGGAACUCAGAAUAUCAACUCACUGACCAGUUUUUCUAUCCCAGGGUGCAAACCAUUUCAGUUACGCACUAUGGCAAGUAGACAGAUCUUUCCAAGACCAAAGUGACAUAGACUCUCCCUUGCCACGUGCAAGCCGUUCUUCUGUUCAGAAGGUUUGUUGUAAUUUUGGAGUGGAAAGUAGCAGCAGGAACACCUCACUCAUCUGCGUGUUGGAUGGAGUGAUCCAAGUGUGGGUGGAGCUGCGCUGGUUUCAAAAUGGUAAAGAAGAAACUCAACAUCUUGCUGGUGUGUGUACUUACACAAAUGUACUUGCACAAACUGUGUAACUGCUACUUGAGGAGUGUAAAUAUCUUGGAUGCUUUAUUGAGGAGGUAGUUGAAGCAGUUUAUUAAAUGCUCUGAGAUCUCCAACAUGUUUCUUUGUGUCAGCAUGUCUUCAUGGCAUGCCAUAUAGCGUCAUAAAGUUCAUUUAGGAGUUGUUGCUGAAAUUUGAGAUGUGCUUUUGUUGGGUUUGCUGCAGAGGUAGUUGCCUGUGGGUUCAACUAAGCGUUUACGUUGGGCAGUAGCAGUUUAAUUCUGCAGCUCUUCCUGUCUUUAGAGCUCUUAAUUCACAGUCCUCUUUCUCCAGGUGCAUGGAGAACAUUAAUGCUAUUGAGAUAAGGGAAUAGAUUCUGUCAUUUGCAGAGCUUGUCAGACAUGAGAAGCUGCCCCUAGAUUUCAACAAUGCUUAUUAAUGCUGGGAUUUGUAGCUGAGCAAGAACGAAACAGUCCUGAAGUUGCACUGCCACUAAUUCAGCUCAAUGGAGUAGCCUUGAAAAUUAGGCAUUUGGUUAGGAGUAGAGAGUCAGUGAAGCAUCCCUAGACAUUAAGAAGGUAUUUGUACCUGUGUUGAGAAAAAAAAUAUAUUAUUCCAUUUAUGUUUAUAAAUCCAUUGGAUACGAAUGGUAAAAUUUGUAAAGAAUUAUAUGGAAAAGGCAGACACUUUCACUUAGGGGAUUUGGGGUUGUUUUUUUGCAAUUGGAAGGGCAGGAUGGUUCAUUCAUCCAGUUGGAUGAGAAAGAUGAUGGAAUAGGGAGCUUGCAUUACAAAUUGAGAGACCAUCUAAUAUUCACAGUCUUGUAGAGGAUAGACUGGUCCCUUCUGGCCUUAAUUGUAAAACUAUGAUUCCAAAGAGGUAGGUUUGUCUUUUACUCUUGCCGUUAUAACCUGUUCAUAGUAUUUAAUGAUUUAUAGAGAUUUGAGUGGUAGAGAGGUUCUCUGCAGUGAAAACUUCUUUAAAAAGUAGAACUUUCCAUUAGAGAACAUAUUGUGCCUUAUGUCUCCACACCACGUGAAGUUCCAGUUAUGUAUGAUAAGUGUCUUUUUACACUUUGUACUUCUGCCAUAACAGGAAUCGAACAAAUGCAGUUGUGAUUACAGGUGGUUUCCGUAUGCCGCAGUAUUGCUUCGAUUUGCUCCAGUAUCUCAGUGAUUCCCUCUCUCUGCUGACACAGCGACACAUACUCCCGUACUAGUCACUGCUGAGCAGCUGCAGUAACUCUGGACCACCAUUAUUUUGUUCAACUCUUAUUUUCACUUCUUAUUCUAGAAUAAACAGAAAUGCCCUAACCAAAAGCCCAGGUCAGCCUGACUUUCUAAUCGUGAUUUCUUUGUUGCUGUUCAUGACAUUAGACAUUCGGGUGCGUGAAUUCUGGUUGUUAAGGGUACCGUGCGAUGAUUUUUGCCAUCGCCCAAGAACUUUCAACAUGAAAAUCAUUCAACAUGGUUAAAAAUUGAUGUCAUGACCACUUCCUCUUGCUGCAGUGUGUCUAGUGACUCUUUCAAAUGCUUUCAUCAGUUGCCAGAGUGCUUCAAAAAAUAUCACAGGCAGCAGAAGUCCUCUUAACUGAUGCGUCCUCAUAUUUCCUAUACGAAGCCUGUUUCCUUGAAGAAAUUCUGGAUGAGUGUUCGAGCUAUACCUCCUCCAAGUGCUCUGAGCCAUUCACUUCCCUCUGAAGUUGAUUCUUAUUGGUACUGGAUUUGUCACACAUUACUCUCCCACACUUCAGUUCUUCCAAUAGAGGUAAUUGCUUUUAUCUUUUGUCUAAGCUCCUCCACACCUGGCAGUUGCAUGUUACCUGGUUUACUAGUGGUUUUCUCAUACUGAAGUGCUCUGACCUGAACCUUUUUUUCUUAUGAUCUCUAAAUAAGGAAUAUAUAUUGUUUCCAUCCUAAUUAAAUCGAUCCAAUGUAAUGCUGACACUUAGAUUUGCUUCAGUCUUAUGAAAUCUUCCAAGCUUUCUGCUACCCAAAAGACCUCAUUUUUUUUUCCAGCACAGUUUGUUAGCAGCCCUCCUUUCUUCCCUCAUUUUGAUGCUUAGAGUAGAAAAUCAGGGAAAUAAUAUCUUUAAGUAUAAUCUUUUUUUUAUUACUACUCAGACCAUCUUUUUUUUUACUGGCAGCCUGGUACUGGGCUAUGCCCUUCUUCAGACACUCAAAAUUACUUACAAUGAAGGUAUAUCUUGAUGCAACAGUGCUUCUCAGCAGACUAUCGUGAGGUUUCUUGCACACAGCUACAGUGCUCAGGUCAGUUCUUUGUGCUCUUGCUGCCUCUCCUACUCCUGUUAGUUCUCACUUUUUGGUCUCCAUGCCCUUUCUCCCUUUCACAGCGUACGGUGACUUAUGCCAUUUUCAUUUUGUUCCUCCCUGCUUUCUUUUGUUUCUCCUGCUUCUCUUUUCCUGUACGGGCACCUUGAACCAGCGUAUUUAUGGUUAGAUGUCUUUUAAUUCCUUUAAUACGACUUUAGUCCAAGUCAAGAAGGGUCAGCUUUCCUUUUCCCUCUUAGAUGAUGCUGUAUCAAUUGCUUACUUGAAGUGCAAAUACAUAUUGUCCACAGUGUAGCAUAAAUAUGAAAGAUUUUGCUCUUCUGACUAUUUAAAAAAAAAGAGCUCAUAAAUUCAGUCAAUUUACUGCAGGUUCUUCACUUGCAACCUCCAGUGUGAAGUAAGGCAGUUCAAGGUGUUGGACCAUGGUUAACAGAACGGGACAAGGUAGUAGCAUUGUUUUCUUUCAUUUUACUUUGUCUUGCUUGCAUUUAGAGUUGGAAGCUGCCUUAGCUGGUGCCAUUGUUCUUCCUGGUUAAGGUCCCAUUGCUUGCUUUUUUAAUGCGAGGCUUUGGGACAGGAUAUGUGGAUAUGGCUUUACCGAAGGAGGCUGCCUACCAGUUCCCCUUCUCAUGUCCUUCACCCAGGGUUUGGGAUCAAUUUUUGCAGCCAGAAUUGCUUCAUAUCAUUAAGUUGUUUUAGAUUUGAAGGUGAUUGGAAAAACUUGACAUUAAUUUUUCGUAUGAAAAAUCAUAAUGAAAGCAGAGUUUGGAUUCUGAGCUUCCCAUCUUUCAGUAUCAUUCACUGAAUUCUCUCUUUUUCUUUGACUUCUGCGUAAAUUUAGAUGUCAUCUUGUGCUGAACUGAAGCUUGUGACUUGUUCCUAGUCUCUCUGGGGGUCAGAGCCCUGUUUGUUCUUUCGAGGGGGAGAGGUUUCCCAUUACAUCACUCAUUGCAAGACAAACUGAAAAGCAAAAACCUUUCUUGCCUUGCUUUUGGCUCUAGCCAUGCUGUUAAUGACAUCUUUCUGAAUCUCGUCAACAGCUGACCCUCCUUAGUUUGCUGCCAGAGUUGUUCUUGAGGGUUACGGGCAGCGCAUUGCUCAGCAGCGCAACCACUGGGCGCGCUGCUGCUGGCCUGAACUGGGAGAGUGCUGCAUCUCUUUGGAAGUCAGAUCCAAUAUGAUAAAGUGAUACCAUCGUGCUACAGAAAUACCGAAAGACAGGCCUUUACCUUAAAGAUAAUACAGGAGUAACAAAUCUAAACUCGAUUUAGUCCAAUAGCAGUUCUGUCAAAGGGUGACAAAUGAAAGUCAGUCAUGUCCAUAGGGAGCACUAUUUUCUUGACAGAUCGCCUUGGCUGUCUCCCUCUUGGUCUUUAUGAUCUUCCCAAGGCUGACAAAAGCCCAGGAAGUGUGAGAUAUGUGCAGUACUCUCUUAAUUUUAUUUUUUUCUUAGUGUCAAUUUCAAAAGUGCCUAAGUGAGUAACAGGACUCCAGAGUAAGCUGGAGGAAUAGGUUUAGACCUCAUUUCCCUCUUAAGAAAAGAGCCCUCCCUGCGAUCCCUCUGCAUGUGCUACUCCAGGUGAGCAGUGGGAGUCCGGAGCCCUGCAGAAUCUGACCUGAAAGGAAUCUCCUCUCCUUUGUCACGCCGCUCCCUCGGUUGUUAAUCUGCUUGUGGGGAUCUUAACAAAUCUCAUUUCUGAGCCAGACCUUAGCAAUCUCCAGUUCGGGGUGGCCGGUAAAGAAGGGGGAGCUUGAACAGAAUUUGGUAGGAAAUUGCCUCUUGGAUUGUGGAUCCAAAUAGCUUCGUGCAUUAAACAUGCACCUCUGGGUAACCAAACACCUGAGACUCUGGACAGAAAAAGGUAAUGGGCAUAUUUAAUCGCCCAUUUUUAAAUCACAGAGGCAGUUUUUUCCUAUAUUCUUUAUUAUUUCUAGGUUUAUAACAAUGAUACCUGCUAAACAUCUUGUCAGAGUCAUUGUGGCUAUCAGCAGGGGGCUUUAGUUUUGUAAACAUACAGGAGAAUUUUAUUCGAGUUAAAAAAUAAAGAGAUAUCAAUGCUAGUUUAAAAAAUUGCAUUAAUGGAGAACUUCUUCUGACCAUAGAGAAAGGAAAUCACAGAACACUACUAAGAUGUAUUAGUGCCACUUAAGGAUUCUGAAAAUGAAAGCAAUCCAUAUGUAGAUGUUUUAUUUUUCAUUAGUAACAAAAUGUUGUUUUCACUCUGACAACUUAAUAACAUAUGAGUUGGGAAAGCCUAGGAAAUUACUCUUGGCAAGAAAAGCUAUAAGGACAUCUCUUCUGCAGAGAACAGAAAAUUAGCUUGUAGGAUGUUGAUGGGUGUUGAUAUAAGCAAUGAUCAACCGGGAAUCCAUUGCUGGGGUAUUAAUGAAAACCACGUAUUCGUGGUACCUGUAACACACAUGGCCUCUUCAGUGUUGUACUCUCACCCUGCUCCAGAGAUGCCUUUUUUAACAGUGAUUAUUUUCUUUCUGAACUCAGUGAAUGUCGAUAACAGUGGUUGUAAUUGGAAAAAGAUUAAUGUAGUAGUGAGUAUUGCAAGCCUAGAAGCGAAGAGGCAGUGGAAUGGUAUCGGAGGCACACGAAAGAGGAGCAAAAAGCCCCACGCAAGGUGCCAGGGAGUCGUGUUUUUUGUUUCAGAUUUUUGUACGUCUUAAUGCUGUUCUGCUGUCACGUUGCCUCGGGGGUCAGGGGCUCAUAUCCCUGGUCAGGGCAGGGGAGCACGGCUGUAGCGGUAGCGUUGUGUGUGUUGGACGGCUGGCAGUCGCCUGCGGUGAUGUUUUGUCUCUACCAAACUCAUCAGUAGUACAAGAUGAGCCGUGUCCCAUCUCUGCUGGUCACCAUACCUCACCAGCAGGUUCUUGCGUGUCCGUAUGUCCCUCUGUCAGCAUCUUCCGCUCGCGUAUUCUUUUCUCCCGCCAUGUGCCCCAAUGAAAAUGGCACCUGUGUCUCAUCUGCUGUAGGUGUUCUGCCUACCUCAAGAGGUAAACAUGGUAUCCUAGGGUCGUGUGUUCACAGUCUGGUCUUUUUUACAUGAGCACUAGCGCGCGCACACACAUACACACUGGAAUGUAUAUUCUCCUCCCCCCGCCCUAAAUAACCUCUUGACCUGAUCCUUGCUGUAGCCACCACCAACUCCUCUUGCAAAUUGGAUGCUGCUUUAAAUGUGAAAACAAAUGUUCAAGAAGCUAUAAAACCUGAAUGAAAGCUAAAGCUGAAUUUAUAAAGCCUUGUUGCAUAUGAGCCAAAAGUGCAAAAAGCUCUAUAUAAUGAACUAACCUGCCACUCAUAUAAAUAUAAAUAUAUAUAAAUAUAUUAAAAUCAGACUGUUCUACAAAAUUGUGUAUUUGUAUUUUUGUGUACGUACAAUUUUCUGCUAAGCAGAAGGAGGAUGUAGUAUAGGAUGAUGUGAGAAGAGAUUUUGUUUAAUCAUAUUUCUUUGUUACUUAUUUUUGUUAACAUCCAGAUGCCUGUCUUUGUCUUAUGUGUAUGACACUGUUCGGAAGGUGCAGUAUCGCUCUCCCACCUGCGCAUUAAACCUCAUCCACCAUGAAAAGAGUUGGGCAGCGGCGCACAUUCAUCAUCAAACCCUGCAGACAUGCCUUGGUCUCAAUCCUAACAAGGGCUGCUUGUUCAGCUUAAAGACUUUUUAUUUCACACUGACAUUUAUUGAGUGCGUCCUAUCAUUGCUCCCAAUCCUAAUGUCAAGUAUUCGUGUGCUGGGUGAUUCCUUUCACACAGGCGUUCUCCACACACACACUGCCCACACCAACCACAGUCCAUAGUAUCCUUGCUGCUGGUCCUCAGCCUGAAAUUUUGGGGGAGCAGGAGUGAAGUAGUGUAAAUUGGGAGAGAGGAUGAGCAGAUCUUUGUGUUGAAGUCACUUAUGGAAGAAGACCAGCCCAAGAAGCAGUGCUGUGUGUCACAGGGGAGUGAAUCUCAGGUACCACCACCAUGGAGGAAGGUGCUGUGGAAAAUCCAUGUUCCCCACAGCUGUCUGAACACUGCCAAAGGUUAUUUUUUUCCUUUCAGGAAGGCGAGUUGGAAGGUGUCAUGGGUUGUAACUUUCCCUGUGCCGCUUCAGACACACCCUUCCAUCGCAGGAGUUGCACGCAAGCUGUGCACACCUCUGGUGGCUUCGUGACGGUUUGGCCUGUUGCUCUAAGAACACUUGUAGCCUUACAUGAUGAAGUCCAUCUUCUCAUGGCCUGGUGCCACGGUUCUUAAGAAAAGAUGCUGAUUUUUAAGAAGAAUAUUGUAAAAUUUUCUCCAAAUCACUGUGUUUGUCUGCAAGAUACCAGGUGGGUCAGCUCCACCAUUUGCUCCAAGAAGCAAAGUAAUGGAGUUUUUUUCCCUCCUUGGUGCACGCAGGAAUUGCUAGUUAUGUGUUAGUGGAGAAUAUCCAGGGAAAAGGGGCGUCAAUGUAGAACUGGGUUACACGGGAGGUAGUGGAAAAACUUAAUGCAAAACUUAGGGCACAAAGUGAUGUGUGUUCACCUUCCAGUUUUGCUGCAGACCCUUGAAUCAAAACAGUCCUUUCUGCAUUCCCCUCUCUGAAAUGCAGGCGAGAGUCCUUACCGUCCGUCACAGUUUCCUCGGAUGCAGGUAACUGCAGGAGCAUGAAAUAUGGACACCUUCCCUUGGGUCCUUUGAGCUCUUUCUUUUCAAUUUGAUUUCUAACAUUGUUUGGAUGGAAUUUUGUCCCAGGGAGAGCGAUCCUGCACCUUUCCAUGUAGGGCUCAUAUUUAUAACAAUGUGUAAUGACUGUAGCAAAAGUCCUUGUUUCUAUAUGUGAAUGGACAGAGAAACAAGUGCUCUAUUGUAUUGAUUAAAAUAGUUAAAAAUGAGUCCUGUAUCAUUGUAUCUCCUAUUCUGGAUUAGUGCCUUUUGGACAGUAGACUGUUCUGUAAUUAAAAUGUAGUAUAACUGCUUUUUUGUACAGUUUUGUUUUAAUAAAACUUUUUUUUAAUUUGUGUUUAUUUUAGUAUUGUACCUAUUAGAAAAUAAAAAUGUAUAA